GGGAGAGCUACGACGUCUGCGGAGGUUGAGGUCGUCGAAUACAUCAUGCUGGUGACCGCGGACAUGCCUUGCCGCAUCUGAUGGUCGAUAAGUUCAAUCAAACCCUCCAGACAAGAGUCCGGGUGAACACAGCCUUUUCCGAACGUGGACGUGGUCUGAUCUCACCAGCUGUUUAUUGGCAUGUCUGCUGCUCGAAGAGCUUUGCCUUCUGCAGUGCAAUAGACUAACAGGAGCAGGUGAGAACACUCGUGCUUAGAUGCCGGCGUAGAUUUCGUCCUGCAGCAUGAAGCGGUUUUGAUGAACGUCAACGUGUGUUCAGUCAAAGACCUAGAGAACUGCGUGUGUGUGUAUAUGUGCGCGUGGCCAUCCGAAAGUCAUACCUGAAGAGCACAUUGAAAAAAAACAGGACCUCAUCAUCGCAGUAGAAGUCGGGAUCUUCGGCGUGGCGGAGACCUUCGGGAGGAGGACGCUGGCUCGACUGACGGCGGAGAGCCGCUUGCCAUAACGGGAAAGUACGCAAGCACGCCAUCCUUCGGUCCUGAGACCACCGGUCGCGUCAUGGCGCCGCGGACGGCGACCGACCUGCACUCGUCGCUCCCUAUCCGCGAGACCAGGGCGUUCCCGUGGACGGCCACACUGUGGCCAGCCGUCCUGCUCCUGCUUACGUGCGCGCAGAUGACCGACGCACAGCAGGGCCUGCCGUUCGGCACGCGCAAGCUGGCCUUUUCGGCGAACCAGUUCGGGCUGGACCUGUACCGGGCACUGCGAGACGUGGGGAGCGAGUCCCGCCUUCUGCAGGCCGAGGGAAACGUGGCCCUGUGUCCCUUCUGCGUCAGCUCCUCGCUGGGCAUGCUCCUUCUGGGGGCCCGCGGCUCUUCGGCCAUGGCGCUGCGCCACGUCCUCUACCUGUGGGGGAUGCAGCACGUGCACCUUGCGGUGAGAGACCUGUCAUCGCACCUGGCGUUAAACCUGAGGGACGCCAACCUCCUCAUAUUCAGGAGCCUGUACGUGCAGCGCGACUUCGGCGUCAAGUACCCGUUUCAGCGGUCGCUGUACCACUUCUACAACGCGUCCGUGCAUUCGCUCGACUUCGCGGCCAACGCCGAGGAAGCGCGGCAGCACAUCAACGCCGUGGUCGAGAAGGCCAGUCACGCGCAGUUGGCGAACCUGCUGCCGGACACGCCGCCGCCGUGGACCCAGCUGCUUCUUCUGUCCGGCCUGCACUUGGACUCGCACAUCGAGCUUGACCUCGUGCCCGCAGAAGGGGUCCGCUGGAGGGCGCAGCCGCUCCUCAACGCGGCGAUCGAGUCGCUUGGCGGCAACCCUGCGAUGCUGGAGGCCCGCUGGACUCGGGUCCGGUACGCGCGCCACGACUACCUCAACUGCACGGCAGUCGAGGUUCCGUUGGCCGGAGGCGGGCUCAUCUCCUUGCUCACGCUUACGCCCAACGAGCAUGACGACAUGGGCCUGCUCGAGACACGCCUUAGCGCCCAGAGGAUCAGUGACAUCCUCGCCAACAUGCAAGUGCGAAGGGCAAACCUCAAGUUACCCCGCAUCAAGAUCGAGCACAGCCACGAGAAUCUGACCGACUCCCUGGCACAGAUGGGCCUCGCCUCGCUGUUCGGGCCCGGCAGGGCACAGCUCUUCGACAUGAGCGACGUGCCGUGGCUGCACGUCACCAACGUUGUGCACAAGACGUCCAUCGACAUCAAGGGGCCUCGUGUAGCCGCCGCCGGCGGUAGUGGGCAUGCAGCGCCACCACCACCGAACCCAACCAGCCGGCGCCGCGAACCGGCGUUUGUCGGCCCCUCCGAAGAGACCAUUGACGUAGUGCUCGACAGGCCGUUCCUUUACUUCGUCGUGGACAACGUUAGCGGACUGGUUAUAGCCAUGGGCAAAGUGCUGAACCCGUAAAUCGUUAGACCGUACGUGUGCGUCUACGCCAAGCCCGUACGUUAAUGAGCCUAACAUCUGUAGCCACAUGCGUGGGCAGUGUGCUCCAUUAGGAGUUGGAAGGCAGGCUUGACUGUCGCCC